AGACAUCCUCGUACACCUCUCUCAAACACCACCACCAUGAGUUCCUCGCGAUCAAUACUUCGUACCCUACCACGGCAUCAAUGCCUUUCAUCAGCCUCCUGUCGGGCCCGAGCCCUCCCAGCAAUCGCAAUCGCAUUCGCAUCCAGAUCAAGACCAUUCACCUCCACCCCACCAGCAGCCCGAGGCCUGAAGAAGAAAAACAAUGGCCCAGAACACGACGCCUACUCCGUCGACAACCCAACCUUCAGAGACCUAGUCGGCGACGCAGCAGCCACUAGAUCCCCCAUAAAAGACUUCCACAAGGUCCCCAUGGUCACAGCAGAGAUGCUAAAGAACGAGAUCCAACCACCCACGAACGUGAAGAUGCUCGUACGAGAUUUCAUUGAUGACUCGUUGUAUAACCCAAACUACGGCUACUUCUCCAAACAAGCCGUUAUUUUCUCACCGGAGCAACCGUUCGACUUCAACCGCAUCAAAGACGACCUCGACUUCCAACGCGUAAUGGGAGAACGAUACGCAGAAUUCGAAUCCCUCGUCGACGAAGACGGGCUCAUAACGCAACGACAAGUAUGGCACACCCCAACCGAACUAUUCAAACCCUACUACGGUGAAGCCAUCGCGAGAUACAUCGUCGCACAAUACAAAUUCGAGCACUAUCCAUACCAGGACUUGAUCAUCUACGAAAUUGGUGGUGGAAAUGGAACGCUGAUGAUGAACAUCCUCGACUACAUCCGCGACCAAGAACCUGACGUCUACGCCCGCACCCGCUACCGCAUCAUCGAAAUCUCCUCCCAACUCGCCGAACAACAAUCACAAUCUCUCCUCACCACCACCGCCUCCGUCCACGGCCACGACAACUGCGUCGAAAUCAUCAACAAGAGUAUCUUUGAUUGGGACACAGACGUCGGUGAUCCGUGCUUUUUUGUCGCGACGGAGGUGUUUGAUAAUUUCGCGCAUGAUUUGAUUCGGUAUGAUUUGACGACGGAGAAGCCUGUGCAGGGGGUUGUCAUGAUUGACUCUGAUGGGGAUUUCCACGAGUUGUAUCAACCGGUGCUCGAUCCACUGGCGAAACGCUACCUCGAUCUCCGCGAUAAAUUCGCGAAACGGUCGUACGAGAAACAACACCCGCUCCGCCGCCAACCUCGCUUCUUCCGGAGACUCAAGAACGCACUCCCUUUCUCCGCGAACCUUUCCGAAGCGGAAUACAUCCCCACCAAACUUUUGUUGCUGAUCGACGUACUCCGGAAACAUUUCCCGGAACACCAUCUGAUCGCUUCCGACUUUUCCUCUUUACCAGAUGCGAUCAAGGGUGUGAACGCACCCGUAGUACAAACCCGCUACAAGGGACAAAUGGUCCCGUGUUCGACGUACAUGGUACACCAAGGCUACUUCGAUAUCUUCUUCCCCACCAAUUUCGAGGUAUUCCGAGACAUCUACCACGGUCUAACCAACUCGACUGGUAUGUUCACCCCGCGAAAUUCGCUUGCGGGACUGGGAGGAGGAGCGACGAGUAAGAGGGUCAAAGUCGUCAAUCAUCGGGAGUUUGUGGAGAGUUGGGCGGAUUUGGAUGCGACGAGGACGAAGAGUGGGGAUAAUCCCAUGAGUUCGUUUUAUCAGAAUUUUAGUAUGGUUAUUCCUAGUACGGGGAGUAUUAACUAGAUCCAAUAUAAUCGAGACCUAAUCUCUACCGAAUGUCUGUUGUGUAUGUUUAGUGAGAGCAAUUCGGC